UAAAAGAUUUACAAGAUUUUGAAUAUGGCGCUCUAAUGACGUCACCUGUAAUAUUCAUUCUAUUAGAUCGAUUAUAUGUCGUAAGAAACAUGUUGAGGAAAACGUCACGAAUUACACGUAUGGCGAUCUGUAGAAUAAACAAGAAUAGAGUAUAUAAAAGUAUGUGAUAAUACAUAAAAUAUGUUUAAUUAAUAAAAUAGAUAAUUAGUGCAUUUUUCGAACUUAAUAAUAUUGAAUAAUUAAGUGAUAGAAGAUGGAUAUUGCAAAAUCCUUUUUCAACGUACGUGAUCAUGAAGGUUAUGUUGGAAAAGAAGAACAUAAUAAAAAGUUAGAAAUAAACUUGUCGGAAGAUGAAUUGGAAGCAGGAAAUAAAAUUUCUAGAGAAUAUUUAUCACCUGUACCUGGCGGACCGUUUUCUGCUUUAACUUCGUCCAUGUGGCCACAAGAUAUUUUAGCUAAAUUGAAUCAACCUGAUGAUCCUAAUUCGCAACCAGAGUAUAGAUUUGAUGAAUUUGGUUUUCGUGUAGAAGAAGAAGAUGGGCCAGAACAGAGUUCAAGAAAAAUCCUUGGCAUUCCUUUUGUGGAAGAUCCUCAACAUAGAUUACAAUGGGUUGCUCUUUUGGAAUUCAGUAACGAUAAAGAGGAUAUAGAUUUUUCAUGGCAGAAUGUAAAUCAAAGAUUACCUCGUACAGAUAAAUUACGUGACAUGGUUCGUCGUGGUAUACCUCAUUCUCUUCGACCUCAAAUUUGGAUGCAAAUGUCUGGUGCAUUACAAAAAAAGCAUACCUCAGAAAUGAUGUAUAAAGAUAUAGUAAGAGCAUCUAGCAGUGAUGUACUUAUGACUAAUAAACAGAUAGAAAAAGAUCUCCUUCGUAUUAUGCCUGCAAAUGCAUGUUUUAGUCAUCUUCAUAGUACAGGAAUACCACGUUUACGAAGAGUUAUGCGUACUCUUGCUUGGUUGUAUCCUGAUAUUGGAUAUUGUCAAGGAACCGGUAUAAUAGCUGCCUCAUUAUUACUCUUAUUAGAAGAAGAGGAUGCAUUUUGGAUGAUGGCAACUAUAGUAGAAGAUCUCUUACCGGCUUCAUACUAUUCGGCAACAUUAUUAGGAAUUCAAGCGGAUCAAAGAGUUCUGCGUACAUUAGUAGCUAAUUAUUUAUCUGAUAUCGAUCAUGUAUUAGAACAGCAUGAUAUAGAAUUAAGUUUAAUAUCUCUGCACUGGUUUCUCACGUUAUUUGCAUCAGUUGUACAUAUGAAGAUUUUAUUGCGAGUGUGGGAUUUAUUUCUUUUCGAUGGUUCUAUAGUUUUAUUUCAAAUUACUCUUGGAAUGUUAAAGAUAAAAGAGAUAGAUCUGAAACAGCUUGAAAAUUCUGCACAAAUAUUUAAUGCUCUUUCGGAUAUACCUGGAGAUAUUGAUGAUGUAGAUCAAUUAUUUCGUAUAUCACUAGAAGUAAGCGGAUCAUUAACUGACGUUUUAAUCGAAACUCAUAGGCGACGUCAUUUAGCAUAUUUAAUGGCUGAUCAAGGUGCAUUAGUUGGUAAUCCAGAUGCAUUGCCAAAUUUACCAAAGCAACAUCUGAAUAGGCGUCAAAUAAAAAGAAGUAAAUCAAUGCUACAAACAUUUUUGUUUGGAAAUGAUAAUGAAGAGGAUGAUGCAAAAUCAAAGAAUAUUCAUCAAACUGAAAUUCUGGUUGAUCUAAGAGAAUCUGUGCUACAGGUAGCAAGACACUUUAUAAAUGUUGAUCCAAAAUUAAACAAUGUUAUACUUAUAGCAGACUAUACUAUGGAAAGUCAUGCCAAAGAUCACGAUAGUUAUAUAAAUGUAUCACGUACUAGAAAAAGAAGAGCUAAAGCUUUAUUAGAUUUUGAAAGGCAUGAUGACGACGAACUUGGAUUUCGUAAAAAUGAUAUAAUUACUAUCAUUAGUCAAAAAGAUGAACAUUGUUGGGUAGGAGAACUUAAUGGACUUAGGGGCUGGUUUCCUGCUAAAUUUGUUGAAUUAUUGGAUGAACGAAGCAAACAGUAUACAUGUGCAGGUGAUGAUGCAGUCAGUGAAGCUGUUACAGAUUUAGUAAGAGGUUCCUUAUGUCCUGCUAUAAAAGCAGUAUUGGAACAUGGAAUGCGAAAACCAUCAUUCUUAGGAGGUCCAUGUCAUCCAUGGCUUUUUAUUGAAGAAGCUUCUAGCAGGGAGAUAGAAAAAGAUUUCAACUCUGUGUACAGUCGGUUGGUGCUUUGUAAAACAUAUAGGUUGGAUGAGGAUGGUAAAGUUUUAACACCUGAAGAAUUAUUAUAUCGAUGUGUACAAUCUGUAAAUUUGUCGCACGACAAUGCUCAUGCACAAAUGGAUGUUAAAUUACGUUCAUUAAUUUGUCUUGGAUUGAAUGAACAAGUUUUACAUUUAUGGCUUGAAGUUCUAUGUUCUUGUGUAGAAGUAGUACAAAAAUGGUAUUAUCCAUGGAGUUUCAUAAAUAGUCCAGGUUGGGUACAGAUAAAAUGUGAGUUAAGAAUACUUAGUCAAUUUGCGUUUAAUUUAAAUCCUGACUGGGAAUUACCAGCAAAAAAAGAGCAAUCUCAACCUUUGAAAGAUGGUGUUAGAGAUAUGCUAGUAAAACAUCAUUUAUUUAGUUGGGAUCUUUAGUGUAUAAUUUUUAAAUUAAUGUUAAUAUAUCUGAAUUCAAAUAUAAAAAAUAUAAAAGCAAGAUCACAUUAUAAGGUAUAGAAAAAUAAUUUAUAUUAAAGAAACUAUGCACAUACAAUUUAUAACUAUGU